UUUUCUUUGUUAAGGCAUUUGGCAUAUAGAAUUAAUUAUUCGAUUUAUUAAUCUCAUUUUGAUUAACUAAAUAUAAUUUAAUAAUAUCCUUAGUUACAUUUUAAUGAGUUGUGUUGUCAAUGACAAAAGUUCAAUAAAAAUUGAAGGACUUUAUAUGAUUUAUGACUGUAAUUGGGCUUAAUAAUUCUAUCAAUGUGUAGUUCCACUCAUAAAUCUUAUCAUCUAAGAUGCGGGAUUCUAUAUUUAGAUCGGAUGAUUGGUAACAUAUGAAUCAAAUAUACUGCCGGCUUUCUUGCCCCAAGUUAACCGCCAUUCUACCACUGCCUAAACCAUUUCUAAUCAUAAUAACGACAAUAAGUCUCUCCCCUCCUUAAUUUCGCUUUCCCUGUGAAAAAAAGAUGGACAAGCGAAGAUCCAUCUCCCGAGUCGUGUCCCACGGCUUCCGGCCGGCCGGAGCAGCAGCCACCUCCAUCUGUCCCUCCUCCCCAUCCUCCGGCGGCGAGUCCCCUACAAAUACCACAUCAACACUUCAUUCCCGCUCCCCUCGUCGCCGUAAACACUUUCCCGAAACACCACGAAAAGUACUCCGUAAGCAGCGCUCCGCCGAAGACCUCCAGCUCCGCGGCGGUCUCUGGCCUUCCGCCAAAAACCAACCCGGCGCCCCGAACACCAACGUCAUCGCAGCCACGCUUCAAGACCACCUAAUCAACGACCGCAAGAACGAAGAAGAAGAAGAAGAAUUGCGGAUCGUCGGCUUCGAAACACACGCCGCAAGCACGUUCUCCUCCCGCCAACGCGCCAGAUCAAACUCUUCUGCUUUCGAGAUUAACAUCAGCAACGGCAGGGGGAGGCGUUAUCGACCAUCAUUAUCAUCAUCAGCAUCGAAGAAGAAGAAAAAGCAGCCCGGAACGCCUCCUUCACCGUCCUCCUCCUCGUCCUCCUCCUCCUCCUUCUCCGGGCCCAAUAUUCCAUCCGCCGCCCGCCUUCCCUUCAGCGAUGAGAACGCCCUCGCCGAAAGAAGAUCAGAAUUUGGCCUCGACUUCCCCAGCACUGAAUCCGAUCACAGAGACGCUGGCGCGAAUUCACGAUCGAGGGCUCCAAUCAAGAUCGCCGGCAAGGUCGUCAGGAGAUCGGGUUCCCCUGUUCGGAGGUCCAAAUCACCGGUUAUGCGGAAUUCACGAUCGCCGCCGGUGCCACGUAAUUCAAGAUCGCCACCCGUGCUGCGUCAGCCGACGUCUCCUGCUAAGGAAAUGAUCAGUGGAGGGAUGGGGAAAAUAAUUAGUAUGGGAUUGGGGGGCCUGUUCAGGAGAAAAUCAUUUUCCGGCUCCGGCGUAACGUUGGCAUCGACAACGACGACGACGAAAUCAUCAAUAUCGGUGGCAAAGGAGACGGCGAAUAAUAGGUUGUCGGGGAGAAGAGGGAUGGCGGAGGUUGUUGGUUCGCCGGCGAGAGGAGCGCAGGCUGCAGUGGAAUUGCAGCAUGAGUUGAGAAUGGCGCACAACCAUUUGAUGCAGUGGAGGUUCGUCAACGCGAGAACGGUCGCGAUAAACUCGAACAAGUGGGCCAUGGCCCAGAAAGCAUUGGUGAGCGCAGGGCUUGGGUUGAUGGAAUUACGGAUUGCCGUCACACACAAGCGGUUGCAGCUGGCCAAUCACAAACUUAGCAUUAGGCUUAACACUCUCAUUUCUCCUCAGAUUAAAGCAAUGGAGAGAUGGGUAAAUUAUAUGGAGAAACAUCACAUGGCAGCAAUAUCAUCAACCAAAGACUGUUUGCACGCCGUCGUGUGCAGGCUUCCUCUGACUGACCGUGCCAAGGCCGAUCCCCAGAUACUCUCCAUCUUGAUGCGUAAAGCUACAAACUUAAUGGCAGCAAUCAAUGGCAACAUAGCAGCAUGCGUUUCCAUGACUAACAGAACAGUUCCUUUAGUAGCACAACUUGCCCAAUUAAUCUCAAAAGAGAAGCCCCUCAUUGAAGAGUGCUUUGAAUUGCUGGAAUUUUUCUCUGAAUUGCAGGUUUUCGAGAGGAAAGCUUGAGGUGUCAUCUUAUUCAGUUAAAAUCAUAGAAAUGUAAAACGGGGAUUUUGAAAACAUUGCUCCAGUAAUCAGUUAAAGCACCUCGCAUCCAAAUUCAGUCAUUUUGAUUGGCUUCUGUAAAUGACAACUACUACAUAAGUUUUAAACAAAAUCUUAAUGUUCUUAGUGAGAA